AACAUAGUUUUUAUUAUAUUUAAUAUUAUGGAUUUGAACAAUGUACAUAUUAUAUUUGAUAAUCCAACAGCAGUUUUUUCCCCUGGUGAAAUAAUUACUGGUCGAGUUUUAAUUAUUGUUAGCAAUUUCAUUAAAAUAAAAAAAGUAAAAUUAAAAUUUAAAGGAGAAGGAAAUGUGUUAUGGAGAGAACAUAAUCUUAUGUCUAAAAAAAAUAGUAGAAAUGGAAAUAGAAGGCAUAGCCUUACACCUAACAAGGCUAAAACUGAAAGAUAUACUGCAAAAGAAGAAUAUUUUAAACAUAAAAUAAUACUAGCGGGUGGGGACCGAAAAUUACAUUUAAAAGAAGGAGAACAUGUUUAUCCAUUUAGUGUUUCCUUACCAGAUCACUUACCAUCAACAUUUGAAGAAGAAUAUGGACGUAUACAAUAUACAGCCAAAGUAGUAAUUAAUAUACCUUGGGAUAUUAAAAAAGGUAAAGAAAUUCUAUUUGAAGUUAUUUCUGCCUUAAAUUUGAAUGAUGAACCAUCCUUAGCUGAACCUAAAAUACUAGAAAGAAAGAAGUUUUACUGUUGUUUUUGUUGUAAGUCUGGACCAAUGACAAUGAUUGUCUAUGUACCUUAUACUGGUUUUGUUCCUGGACAAAAUAUACCGGUUACAGUUGAACUGGACAACAACAGCAAUGUGGAUGUAGAUUCUAUUAAAAUAAAUCUGGAAAGAAUAUUGAAAUUUAAAGCACGGUUUCCGAGUAGUAAAAUAAAGUCUAAACCAUUUAAGAUUGUUAAUAUAUGUAUAGAUGGUGUUGAAAAACAUACUUCAAAAACCCGUGUGGAAAAAAUUAAAAUUCCACAUAGUUUGACAAUACCAAAUUUAAAACAUUGUGGUAUUAUAACUGAUAUAUAUUCUCUAAAUGUCGAGGCUUGCGUUAAUGGCGGAUAUAUAAAUGAAGUAAUUUCUGUUGAUAUAAAAUUGGGUAAUACACCAUUGACAAUAGAUACCAAUGCUCAUAAAUUUAAUUAUUCUUUUCAAUCGUUAAACCAAAGUUAUAUUUCAAGCGAACAAAUUCCAACAAAUCCUCUUCCGUCAUUAGGGUUUACUGAGCCAAAUUCAGUUCCUGGAUAUGCUCAACAAAUAGUUUAAAGUAAAUAAUUAAAUUCUGUUCCACACAAAAUCUAGAAAAUUGGGCAAUUCUCACACAAAACAAUUCACUGCACAUUAAAUUAUCUGCAUAUCAAGAUUUACUAACUCUUUGUCAAUUUUAGGGUCCAGAAAUAAUAGCUGAUAUACUAAUAGUAUUUAUUAGUACUUAUAUUAUUAGUUGAGUUUAAUUUACUUUUAGAACAUUAAUGAUCAUUCAUCUAUUUUCAUAAAAAAUAUCAAACCAUUAGAUUCAUAGAACCAAUUUACUCAAUUACUAAUGUAUGCUAUUUAACUAUCGGAUUAAUUACCUAUUAAAUUAAAAUCAACUUUGCUAUUGAAUC